AUGGUGUCGGCGGAGUUCGAGGCCAUGACAACGCUCUAUCAGGUCAUGCCGGAGAUUGUCGCAGAGCCUCUGGCAUGGGGUGGAUAUGAGAUGGAAAAUGAUACGUGGUUCUACAUUUGUCGUUUUCACGAACUUUCUGAAGAUAUCCCCGACGUCUCCGACUUUCCCGCCCUUUUGGCCGAGCUGCACAAGAGAGGAGGAGCAAACGAAACUGAGUUCGGGUUUCCUAUCACAACAUAUGGAGGCCGUAAUCGACGCACGUUUCCGGUCUCCAAGAGUUGGGAAGAAACUUUCUCGAAGGGGCUGCAUAAUACGUUUGAUAUUGAGGAAGAAACGCAGGGAAAACCCGAGGAGAUGACGUCCCUGCGCAAGGAGUUUGUGGCUAAAAUCGUGCCUCGUCUUCUGCGUCCUCUGGAAACAGAGGGCCGGAAGCUGACGCCGGCACUCGUGCAUGGCGAUAUCUGGGAUGGAAAUGCGUCUGUCGAUGUGCAGACAGGUUUGCCCCUGAUAUUUGAUGCAACGCCAAUGUAUGCCCACAACGAAUCGUACAUCGACGAAUACGUCAAACACUACCCGAUAUCUGCUCAACAAAUAUCCUCUCGGGUAUAA